GGGGCCCGCGCGAGGAGGCCGCGUUCGAUUCGCCCCCGGCGCGCAGGCCCCGCCUCCCCGGCGGCGCGGCUCCGCCUCCGCCCUCCCCCUCCAUGGCGCCGCCCCGGCUCAUUCAUUCCGCGCCCGGUCUGCGCGACACCUGCACUCUUCCGCCGCCGCCGCCCGCCGCUGCCGCAGCCAGCAUGUCGGGCCCAGCCGCCGAGACGCCGUCCGCCAUCCAGAUCUGCCGGAUCAUGCGGCCAGAUGAUGCCAACGUGGCCGGCAAUGUCCACGGGGGGACCGUCCUGAAAAUGAUCGAGGAGGCAGGAGCCAUCAUCAGCACCCGGCACUGCAACAGCCAGAACGGGGAGCGCUGCGUGGCGGCCUUGGCCCGGGUGGAGCGCACCGACUUCCUGUCCCCCAUGUGCAUUGGCGAGGUGGCUCAUGUCAGCGGGGAGAUCACCUACACCUCCAAGCACUCUGUGGAAGUCCAGGUCAACGUGAUGUCUGAAAACAUCCUCACAGGUAUCAAAAAGCUGACCAAUAAGGCCACGCUGUGGUAUGUGCCCCUGUCGCUGAAGAAUGUGGACAAGGUUCUGGAGGUGCCGCCUGUUGUGUAUUCCCGGCAGGAACAGGAGGAGGAGGGCCGGAAGCGCUAUGAAGCCCAGAAACUGGAGCGUAUGGAGACCAAGUGGAGGAACGGGGACAUCAUCCAGCCUGUCAUGAACCCAGAGCCGAACACCGUCAGCUACAGCCAGUCCAGUUUGAUCCACCUGGUGGGGCCUUCGGACUGCACCCUGCACGGCUUUGUGCAUGGAGGUGUCACCAUGAAGCUCAUGGAUGAGGUGGCGGGGAUCGUGGCUGCACGCCACUGCAAGACCAACAUAGUCACGGCUUCUGUGGAUGCCAUCAAUUUUCACGACAAGAUCAGAAAAGGCUGUGUCAUUACCAUCUCUGGACGCAUGACCUUCACGAGCAACAAAUCCAUGGAAAUCGAGGUCUUGGUGGACGCUGACCCCGUGGUGGACAACUCACAGAAGCGCUACCGGGCCGCCAGCGCCUUCUUCACUUACGUGUCCCUGAGCCAGGAGGGCAAGCCGCUGCCCGUGCCCCAGCUCGUGCCCGAGACCGAGGACGAGAAGAAGCGCUUUGAGGAAGGCAAAGGGCGGUACCUGCAGAUGAAGGCGAAGCGACAGGGCCAAGCAGAGCCUCAGGCCUAGACCCCUCCUCCUGCCGCCAGGCCUCGAGGAGCUACGGCAACAGACCCUGUGUCCUGUCACUUAGAAGUUACCCCCUUGGCCAGAAACCCAAUUCACAUUGAGACCUGGUGUGGUGUGAAGUAUUCGUAUCGCAGUGUUAACCUAUACUCUUUCCUGAAAACCUACACACCAAAGCUUUAUUUAUAUCAUUCCAGUGUAAACGCUACACAGUAUUGUCCCAAACGCAGGAGGCAUUCCACGGAAACCCUCGGGAGUGCUCCCGAGCACGCUGCGGGUAUGUGCAGGAUCCAGCACUGCUAAUAAAAUCGCUGUUUGGCUGGAA